GUCCCUCUGUUGCCCCGCUUGGUCGUUGCUCCCGCGCCCCCGCCCGCAAAUGCCUCUCCUCUCGCGCGCCUUUUCUUGUCCUGAAGCCACCCAAGCCGUGCCUGCCCCUCGCUCGAUCUACCCCCCUCCUUCCUCGGCUAGCUCCAAGAACCCGUCCCACUUCUCCACUUCUUGGCAGGUCGAUCGGCCGUGAACGAUUUCGGAUCCUGUCGCGCGCGCGUGUCCAUGGCGUCGACGGCGGCCAGGCGGCUGCUUCUGCCGCUGCUGCUGGUGGCGCUCAUCGCGGCGCACCGGGCGGCGGCGCGGUUCGUGGUGGAGAAGAACAGCCUGCGGGUCACGUCCCCGGCCGUGCUCCGGGGCGUCUACGAGUGCGCCAUCGGCAACUUUGGCAUGCCGCAGUACGGCGGCACCAUGCACGGCGUUGUCGUCUACCCCAAGGCCGACGCCAAAGCCUGCAGGCCCUUCGCCGACUCCGGCCUCUCCUUCAAGCCCAGGUCCGGCGGCCUGCCCGUCUUCCUGCUCGUCGAUCGCGGAGAUUGCUACUUCACAACCAAGGGAUGGAACGCACAGAACGCCGGAGCUGCAGCAGUUCUUGUGGCCGACGACAGAGUGGAGCCUCUGAUCACGAUGGACUCCCCAGAAUCCAGCGGCACGGAGCACAUAGAGAACAUCACGAUCCCAUCGGCGCUCGUGACCAAGAGAUUCGGCGAGGACCUGAGGAAAGCGCUGCAGAGCGGGGACAUGGUGAACGUCCUCCUGGACUGGAGGGAGUCCCUGCCCCACCCCGACGAGCGCGUGGAGUACGAGCUCUGGACGAACAGCAACGACGAGUGCGGCGCCAAGUGCGACAUGCAGAUGAGCUUCGUGAGGAGCUUCAGGGGCAUCGCGCAGGCUCUCGAGAAGAGGGGGUACACCCAGUUCACCCCGCACUACAUCACGUGGUACUGCCCCGAAGCCUUCGUCCUCAGCAAGCAGUGCAGGUCGCAGUGCAUCAACCACGGGAGGUACUGCGCGCCGGACCCGGAGCAGGAUUUCAGCACCGGUUACGACGGCAGGGAUGUCGUGCUCCAGAACCUGGUCCAGAUCUGCGUGUUCAGGGUCGCCAAUGGGACUCGCAGGCCGUGGAUGUGGUGGGACUACGUGCACGACUUCGCUGUGAGGUGCCCGAUGAAGGAGAAGAAGUACACGCGUGAGUGUGCGAAUGGUGUUAUCAAUUCACUUGGACUGGACAUCGAGAAAAUCAACAAGUGUGUUGGAGAUCCAGAAGCUGAUAAAGAAAAUCCAGUCCUUAAGGCAGAGCAGGACGCUCAGAUUGGGCAUGGUUCUCGCGGCGAUGUAACUAUACUGCCUACUCUUGUCGUCAACAACAGACAGUACAGAGGUAAACUGGAAAAAACAUCUGUGUUAAAAGCAGUAUGCUCUGGGUUUGAGGAGACAACUGAACCUGAUGUCUGUUUGCGCGAAGAUAUCGAGACAAAUGAAUGUUUGGAGAACAAUGGUGGUUGCUGGUUAGACAAGGCUACCAAUGUUUCUGCGUGCAAGGAUACCUUCCGUGGUCGUGUCUGCGAAUGCCCUAUUGUGAAUGGUGUGAAGUUUAUCGGUGAUGGGUACAACCACUGUGAAGCUUCUGGCCUUGGUAGGUGCCAGAUCAACAAUGGGGGCUGCUGGAAUGAGACUAGGAACGGGAAGAGUGUGUCUGCCUGCUCAAACCAAGAAGCUAAAGGCUGCAAGUGCCCAGCAGGUUUCAAGGGCGACGGAGCCAACAGCUGCGAAGAUGUGGAUGAGUGCAAGGAGAAGCUUUUCUGCCAGUGCAAGGACUGCGCUUGCGAGAACACGUGGGGAAGCUACGAGUGCAGCUGCGGCGGCGGCAACUCGCUGUACAUCAGAGAGCAUGACACUUGCAUCAGCAAACAUUCCAGCUCGACGCCGAGCUGGGGCUUCCUGUGGGUGGUUUUCUUGGGCCUUGCCUUGGCCGGAGCAGGAGCGUACGCCGUGUACAAAUACAGGCUACGGAGCUACAUGGAUUCAGAGAUCCGCGCGAUCAUGGCCCAGUACAUGCCCCUGGAGAGCCAAGACAUGCCGAGCCAACAACACCACCUCGUCCCCGUCGACCGUGCAGACGUCUGAAACGGCUAGGCUUGUUUGCAUGACAUGGAUCCCAUCGCAUCGUCGGCAGAGAAGAGAAGUCGGCGGCACCGGCAUCUUCCUCCCUUGGUGCGCAGAAUAUGGAUGCUGAAAAUUCACAGUUUCACGGAGCAGAUUAGGAUCUCUCUCCGCAGUUUAGAGCCCGUUUGUCAGGUUUAGAGCUCGCAGUCGUGCUGUGCCGUGCGUAAAAGUAAUCGUCGAGUGUUCUGUAAAUAUUCCUGUUGAGACCCAACGCUGAAGCGCGCGUCUGUUGCUGUGCUGCCCUGAAUAAAAGUACAGAGGAUGAGAGGAAUAUGUU